CAUGCCUACACAUACUUAGAUUUUAUUAAAUACUCACAUGAUCCAUAACAUGGCAUACUUGAAUAAAUAAAUGGCUUAAAGCUUAUUUAUACAAAUCUUAACAAAACUAAGCGGAUCAUAAUAGAGUUCGACAUAAAAUAUGUUAGAAUAUACUCAUAUUUAUUUAUACAUUUAAUCUAUCACUUAUACACACACACACAAAUGCAAGCGGAUGGGCCUAGGGUUUUUAGGCGGCGUAAGCUUUGAACAGCUUUGCGGAGAAGAGAAACAGUGCGGCGAGGAUCAAUCGGCGAGCAUCUGAGGAAGGUGCUUCGACGGCUUGGGCUCAGGAAGGAGACAGGGUUUUGUUUUGGUCUGUGAUACAAACGGUUGAGCAGAUCCAAUUGGACGCAGACGGCGGCGAGGCUAGACCGGCGUGUGAUUUAUAGGCUAGUUCGUCCAAGGCUAGUCGUCUAACAACAGAAUAUGUUGUUGGGAGUUCUUGGGAUGUCAAUAGCGGCCAACGAUUGCGGGGGAAGCAGCUCCAACGGUGUUUGAUUUUCCGAUGUUGGGGUUGACUAUUCUGACUUUGUUGUUUAUUGAGAUGGAAGCAGCUCCAAAGGUGUUUGAUCCGGGUGGAAUAAUGGAGGUUUGGGAUCUGGCUUGGGGUUAUUUGUUGCUCGCAAAGGAUAGACAGAUCUUGUGGUAUGAAGAAUUCCAAAUUCGGGUGAUGGAGGAAGAAGAUGAGGAGAUGAUGAUUUGUCCCCCUCCCGAACCGCCGCCAUGGAGGAACUGUGCGGCUAGGGUUUGGAAGAAUGUUCUACUUUUUCUAUUUUUGUUAUUUUCAGCCCAAACUGUUUUACUAUGUUUUAGUUGUUAGAUUACUAUGAUUCGGCCGUUAAUAGCCUCGAAGCUCUCACUUUUUCAGCGAUUAGUCUCGCUCUUUUUGGGGUGGACUAUUCUAUGUCUGAUCUAAGGGUGAGGGGGCCACUGAGCUUUUGGUCUUAUUGGGUUAGCGGGAGUUAUUUUGUUUACAACUUUCGUGAUUGUACUGUGAGUUUGAAUUCAAUAUAAUAUGCCAGUUUCCAUUAAACACACACACA